AUGACCGGCGUGGAGAUCGAAAGCGACUGGAUAGAAGGGAGUCCAGGUCUCUCGAUCGUGACUCCAGACGGCCUGGUGUCGACCGGAGUGAUUCACGAGCUCGAGACAGAGGCCUUCGAGAGAGACCAGAAAGGUCUAACGGAAAUGCCAGCCGGCAGAGCGACGUCGCUCUGCCAAGGAAAAGCACAGGACAGCACGAGGAUGCUGGUGCAGGCGCCGGUGUGCAAUCGGGCGAGUCA